ACGAAGUGCGGCUGAAGACCGGACAAAAUUCAGCGUGGCUGGACAGCCAUGCUCAAGCACUGCUGUGCUCCGAACUGUUCCAAUACUGCCAGCCGGCUAGGUGCGGACAACCGCCCUGUGAGCUUCUACAAGUUCCCACUGAAGGUUGGACUCCAGCUGCAGGCCUGGCUGCGGCACAUGGGCUGUGAGCACUGGGUGCCCAGUUGCCACCAGCACCUGUGCAGUGAGCACUUUACACCCUCCUGCUUCCAGUGCCGCUGCGGUGUACGCUACCUGCGACUGGAUGCAGUGCCCUCCAUCUUUUCUGGGGCACCAACAAUCAAGAAGCAACGGAGUCCUUGAAGCUACACAAAAAGCCUCUGCCUCCGCAGGAGGCCUCGUCCCUGUCUCUGGGCCCAGCUGUCAAGGCACCUGGCCCUAUGCACCCGGUGAUGCUGGGACCAGCAUCCGGAGACCUGGAGGCCACGGCCGCCAAGUUCCUGUUCCCCUUGAUUAUU